AUGUCUCAACGGACGGAGCAAAAGGGCAACUGGCUGCGGAGCGCCGGCUCCCUGCUGUCCAUCCUCGCCUGCACCUCUCUGCUGGCCAGCCCCGUGUCUGCCAGCCCGGCCACGCCGGACAGCGACAGCAACUACCUGAGACGCGCAGAGCGGAUUCUGAAGUUUUCUCCAAUCAUCGACGGCCACAAUGAUCUCCCAAACUUCAUCCGCAAGACCACCAAGCUCCAGAUCUACGACGGGAAGAUCCCCUUUGACGGCACGCUGUCUGGCCAUACGGACCUGAAGAGGCUUCGAAAGGGGCGAGUGGGCGGACAGUUUUGGAGUGUGUAUACUUCGUGUCCGAUCCCGGCGAUCCCAAUUGACGACCCGACGGAGAGGCAAGAUUGCCAGUUUCCUGGGCAUCGAGGGGGGACAUCAAAUUGGCAACUCUUUGGCCGAUUUACGCCGGUCUAUGAGCUGGGUGUACGCUACAUUACGGUCAAAAACAACUGUGACAAUGCGUUUGCUACUGCGCAAUCCACCGUUGCCGAGGGCAGGCCGGAUCCCGGGUUGACCAAGCCCUUUGGCCUUGAAUUCAUCAAGGAGAUGAACCGCCUCGGCAUGUUGGUCGACUUGUCGCAUGUGUCUGCCAACACGAUGAGGGACACGCUCAAGGUGGCCAGGGCACCGGUCAUCUUCUCGCACUCGUCCGCCUACACGGGUGUUGCAAAGAACAACGGCGUGGUGAUGGUCACCUUUGUGUCGCGCUUCGUCAAGGUGGAUGAUCCCGACUCGGCUGAUAUCGAGGACGUGGUGGACCACAUCUUCCACAUCGCCAAGGGUUGCGGGCUGGGACCACGUCGGCAUCGGAGGAGACUACGACGGCACCGUGACGUCUCGAAAUACCCGCACCUCAUCGCCGCUGUGCUCAAGCGCGGAGCGACCAGCGAGGAGGCCCGCAAGCUCGCGGGAGAGAACAUCCUGCGCGUCUGGUCGGAUGUGGAGAGAGUCGCCAGACGCCUGCAGCGGACCGAGCUGCCCAACGAGUCGUACUGGGAGGGCCGCAACUGGACCCGACCCGCCCGGCGCGAUCUGUCCGCCAUCGAGGGCCGCAGCGUGCCCCUGUUCCAGGCCAUGGCCGACGCGGAGAACUGCGACUAA